AUGGUUCGCGCUCGCCCGUUGGAAGAAAAAACAGAAGCAAUUUUUAUUUAUGCUGAAGUUGGACGUAAUUUUCACCAAGCAGAGAGGGUAUUUAAUAAAAGGUACCCAGACAACCCUAUUUGCAGAAAAUAUCUACGGGAGUUAGUGACUAAAUUUCAAACAACUGGAAGUUUGAGUAGGCAGAAAGGAUCGGGUAGAAAAUCAAUCUCAGAAGACAAACAAAUAGAAAUAGUCGGUUCCGUCGUCAAUAAUCCACAACAAUCGACGGCGGCACUUGCAGGGGAUUGUGAUGUAGCAAUAUCAACUGUUAUGUACAUUAAUCUAAAUAGUAUUAAUUUUCCAGAUCUUCGGAUUUAA